AUGCCUAACUCCCACCUUCACAAGUCUAACUUGUCAAUAGCCAUUAAACAGGCAGAGAAUUCAACUUCAAAUUCAAAUUCAACUUCAAAUUCAUCUACUCCUCGACCAAAUCCUCCUAGUCGGCAGAAUUCAUCUAGUAAUUCAAUUGAUGGACUGAAUUCUAUACUCAAUUUACUGACUCUGACUCUGACUCCCAAUGCAAUACCAGUACCUUCUCAACUCCUUCCAAGUUCAUUCACUCUGCAUGGUACAUCUACUGUAUCCACUAGUUCUUCAAUAUCUAAACCAUUCAAACCACAACCUUUAACUAUUCAAACUAAAUUUGAUUCUCCUACUAAAGAUUUUAACAAUAAUAUUAUUCUUAAUAAAAAUAAUGGAGAUGAUGAAGAUGAUGAUGAAGAAGAAACAGUUAAUCCUGCUGAUGAAGAAGAUUCAAAGGAUUAUGUCCCUGGAGGAUAUCAUACAUGUUAUAUUGGAGAAGAGUAUAAGAAUGGUAAAUAUACUCUUGUUAGAAAACUUGGUUGGGGACAUUUUUCAACUGUUUGGUUAGCAAAAGAUAAUGAUAAAAAUUCUCAUGUUGCUAUGAAAAUUGUACGAAGUGCUAAACAUUAUACUGAAACUGCUAUUGAUGAAAUUAAAUUACUUGAUAAAGUAACUACAUCUGAUUUAAAUCAUCCUGGUCAUGAACAUGUUAUACAAUUAUUAGAUACAUUUACUCAUAAAGGUCCAAAUGGAGUUCAUGUAGUAAUGGUAUUUGAAGUAUUAGGAGAAAAUUUAUUAGGACUUAUUAGAAGAUAUAAACAUAGAGGAAUCCCCAUUGUAUUUGUUAAACAAAUUGCUAAACAAUUAUUAUCAGCAUUAGAUUUUUUACAUCGAAAAUGUGGAGUAAUUCAUACUGAUUUAAAACCAGAAAAUGUAUUAAUUGAAAUUGGUGAUGUUGAACAAAUUGUUAGAAUGGUUGAAGAAGAAGAAAUUCAAAAACGUUUAGAAAAGAGAUUACAAAGAAGACAAUCAAAAAAAUUAAGUCUGCAUUCUUCAUCAACUUCUACAUCUCAAACUCCUACAGGUUCAAUUCAAAAUACUCCUCUGAAUCCUAAAUUAACUGAUUUAGUAUCUCCUAAAUCUUCAAUAACUAAUUCUCCUUCAUUGGGUAGAAAUGGUCGUAGAUCAAGACGUCAAACAUUAAUUACUGGUUCUCAACCUCUUCCAUCUCCAUUAAGAUCAUUUAAUAAAUCAUUUACAAAUGUAUAUGGAUUAGCUAAUUCAACUUCCAAUACUCCAAUUAAAGCUAAUUUUAUUGCUGAUACAAGUAUGAAUAAUGAUCAUACAUUAAAUAGUUCAUUAUCAUCUAUGUCUAUUUCUAAUAAUACUUCGAAUGUUGAUCCAGUUCAAAUUCCUAAUGAUGAUUUAAGAUCUCAUCAUCAUCAAGAUACAACAACUACUACUAAUGAUAUUAUAAAUGAAGAUGAAUUAAUUUCAGUAAAGAUUGCUGAUUUAGGUAAUGCAUGUUGGGUUAAUCAUCAUUUUACUGAUGAAAUUCAAACUCGACAAUAUCGAUCUCCUGAAGUUUUAUUAGGUUAUCAUUGGGGUGCAUCAUCUGAUUUAUGGUCAUUUGCCUGUUUAAUAUUUGAAUUAUUAACGGGAGAUUAUUUAUUUGAUCCUCGAGAUGGUAAAUCUUAUACAAAAGAUGAUGAUCAUAUAGCUCAAAUUAUUGAAUUAAUUGGUCCAAUACCUCGAGCUGUAUUAAAGGAAAGUUAUUAUACUCGAGAUUUCUUUAAUUCAAGAGGUGAACUUCAUCGAAUUUCAAAAUUAAAACCAUGGGGUCUUAAAGAUGUUCUUACAGAAAAGUAUAAAUUUUCUGUAUCUGAUGCACUUGAAAUAUCUGAUUUCUUAAUUCCUAUGCUUAAUAUUCAACCUGAAUUAAGAGCUGAUGCUGGAGGGAUGGUUAAUCAUCCUUGGCUUAGUGAUGCUUUAGGUUUAGAGAAUGUUGUAUUAGAAAGACCCGUAGGAGGUUCAGGUGAAGAUAUUCAAGGUUGGUCUAAAGAAGUAACGAAUCAACAACCUGGUAAGUAUUAUUAG